GGGGCACCUGCACGCGCCCGUCCUAGCGCCAGGCCCCGCAGCAGCAGGGAACGGAGUCUCAGAAAGUUAAUAAGCUAUGGAACGCGUGUUUACUCCGCUGGAAUGUCUGCUUCCCACUGGAAACCUGACGUUUUGCCUUUUGAUUCUUAAUCAGCCUUUGGAGAAAGGUUACUUUCAUCCUCUGUGGAGCAAAGAAUCACAGAUUGCUGCAUCCUGGGGAGGGGAGAGGAGUGAAAGCAAAGAAGCUGUUCUAAGAGCUUGCGCUGAUGGAGGUGCUAAUCGCCUGUAUCAUAUCACAGAAGGAAAUCAUGAGAGCUUCUUGCCUGAUUACAUCAGCGGCGAUUUUGAUUCCAUUAGGCCUGAAGUCAAGGAUUACUACAAGGUCAAGGGAUGUGAGUUGAUAGAGACACCGGAUCAAGACUUCACUGACUUCACCAAGUGCCUUCAGAUACUUCAGAAAAAGAUAGAAGAAAAAGGUCUCCAGAUUGAUAUGAUUGUGACCUUGGGUGGACUUGGAGGACGCUUUGACCAAGUCAUGGCAUCAGUGGAGACUCUCUUUCAUGCAACUAAUAUCACUCCCACUCCAGUUAUAGUUAUUCAAGAAUGUUCCCUCAUCUACCUACUUCAAACUGGAAAGCACAAACUGCAUGUAAACACAGGACUUGAAAGCAAGUGGUGUGGCCUCAUUCCAGUUGGGAACCCUUGUUACAACGUUACUACGACGGGCUUAAAAUGGAACCUCACUAAUCAUGUGCUAAAGUUUGGAACACUUGUCAGCACUUCAAAUACCUACGAUGAAUCUGGAGUUGUGACCAUAGAAACAGAUGAACCGUUGCUGUGGACAAUGGGUAUCAAAAAAUGCUUAAGAUUAUAA